AUGGCACUACCCUCCGCCUCUCAGGCAUCGUUCGAUAUGAGCUCACUUGCUACAGCUGUCAACGAUGCUAGUGGUAAGCAGUCGCCUUGGCAGCAACCAGCGCCUCCUGCCGCAGUGGAAACAUACCAACAAAGUGGAUAUCAGCAUCCUCCGCCUUUGACGCCGGAUCCCAGGAUUGGAGCAGGCGCGAUGGUUCCCACCCAGAGCUUGCAAACCCAACAGACUUGGAACAACACAUGGCACCAUCAGUCUUCUAUGGGUGGACCGCAACUUAAUUGCGCCAUGUCGUCGAUGCAGUCUUAUCAACCUAAUUGGCCACCACCGACUCCCCAGAUGACUCCCCAGCUUCCUGCGCCCCAGUCUUUGGUUACAUAUCAAACUGAGCGCCAACAAAACCCUGAAACUCUCUCCAACGUCAUGCGCGUGCAACGAGACGGGGACCAACCCCGAGUUCGCAAGAUUCUCUCGCUGGAUGGAGGCGGUGUUCGAGGACUGUCAUCGCUGAUUAUUUUGGAUUACCUUAUGGACAUGCUAAGCAACAUCCGUGGUGCAAGGUUGGAACCGUGGCAAGAGUUCGACAUGAUUGCAGGCACUUCGACCGGAGGUUUGAUAGCAAUCAUGCUUGGUCGUCUUCGAAUGUCUGUUGCAGACUGCAUUAAAGCAUACAAGCAGCUUUCACACGAGAUAUUCACCCCUAUACACGGUUCCGCCAAUGUAGCCGGAAAAGCAAUCGACUUUUUAAAAGCCAAAGGCAAGUUCCGUUCAGAGCCUUUAGAACGGUGUAUAAAGCAGAUGCUCAAGGAUCACAAUCUUUCUGAAGAUGAAUUAUUAGUCGACUGCAACCCAGACUCCCCGGCAAUGUUCGUAUGCGCUGUUGAAGGCCUCAACAGUGAUGCUGUUGUUAUUCGGUCUUACAAAAGCAAAGAAUUUGACGAUCUGUAUGGAGUGUGCAAAAUUUGGGAAGCUGCCCGUGCGACUUCAGCCGCCUCUACUUUAUUUGACCCUAUCAACAUUGCAGGUCGCGAUUAUGUCGACGGGGCUUUGAAACAUAACAAUCCAAUUGAGAAGGUCGAUGAGGAAUCCAAAGAAAAAUGGCCAGGAGAUGAGCGUCUGAUAAUUUCAAUCGGAACGGGUAGCGCCCCUGGUCCGGAUGUGACUGGCGACCUGAAAUCUAUUGUUGAGGCCUUGAGAAAGAUUGUCACAGAAACUGAAGAUCGCAGUAAUGCUUUUCGAAAACGUAAUAAGGAUAUGAUCGAAGCAAAUCGCCUCUACCGAUUCAAUGUGUUCCAUGGGCUGGCUGAUGUUGGACUUGCUGAGCAUGAAGCCGCCGGAAAGGUUGCCGCUCACACAGCGACAUAUUUGAAGAAGUACGAUACUGCGCGGGAAGUUGAACUAUGUGCCUCGUCUUUGGGCGAGACUAGUCAAAGGCUUGGUUACAUAGCUGGCGAAGGUCGGUUUUACUGUUCGUGA